AUGGCUUCAUUACUCGAUUUUGGUGCUGGACUAGCAUCCACCAAUGCAUCUUUCUCAACAGCAACUGACUUAUCCAAAGAGAAUGGCCUCUUCUCUAGUUGGUUCGAAAGAUGCAGCAAAACUCAGAUUGCUGUCACUAUCCUUGCUGUCCUCAUCGCAUACGACCAGUUCAUGUAUCUCUGGCGGAAGGGUUCCAUAGCUGGUCCAGCAUUCAAGAUCCCCUUCAUGGGACCAUUCGUCCAAGCACUUUACCCCAAAUUCGACGCAUACCUCGCCCAGUGGGCUAGCGGCCCCCUGAGUUGUGUUUCUGUCUUUCACAAGUUCGUUGUCCUCGCUUCCGAUCGAGAUAUCGCACACAAGGUCUUCAAGUCCCCUACGUUCGUGAAGCCAUGCAUCGUUCCCAUGGCCGAGACCCUCCUUCGACCAAGCGCAUGGGUAUUCCUUCAGGGAAGAGCGCAUACCGAGUAUCGCCGAGGACUCAAUGGCCUCUUCACGAAUAAAGCCAUCAGUACCUAUCUCCCUGUCCAGGAGAAGGUAUACGACGACUACUUCGAGCGGUUUGUUGCAGCAAGUGAAGCGAACAAGAGCAAACCGAUGGCUUUCAUGCGUCUCUUCAGAGAGAUCAACUGCGCACUCUCUUGUCGAACCUUCUUUGGUGACUACAUCUCGCAAGAUGCUGUCGAAAAGAUCGCCGAGGACUUUUAUCAAGUCACUGCUGCACUCGAGCUUGUCAACGUUCCGUUGUCUGUAUACAUACCUUUCACCAAAUGUUGGCGCGGCAAACGCACUGCCGACGCUGUUCUGGCUGAAUUCGCGUCGUGCGCCGCUGCUUGCAAGGCAAACAUGGCUGCUGGUGCUGAACCUAAAUGCAUUGUUGAUCAAUGGGUUCUUCAUAUGAUGGAGUCCAAGAGAUACAACGAUCGAAUUGCUGCUGGUGAAACAGGAGCUGAGAAGCCCAAAAAUCUUAUCCGCGAAUUCACGGACGAAGAGAUCGGACAAACUAUGUUCACCUUCUUGUUCGCUUCGCAAGAUGCUUCCAGUAGUGCUACCACUUGGUUAUUCCAGAUCCUUGCCCAACGACCCGAUGUGCUUGACCGUCUUCGUGAGGAAAACCUCAGUGUUCGUGGCGGAAACAAGGAAACGCCUUUCGAAUUAUCGAUGUUGGAGUCACUUCCCUACACUAACGCAGUUAUCAAAGAACUCCUUCGGUACCGUCCUCCCGUCAUCUUUGUGCCUUAUGAGGCCACCAAGAGAUUCCCUGUUACGCCCAACUACACGAUAUCCAAAGGUUCUAUGAUCGUACCUUCUUGCUACCCCGCCCUGCAUGAUCCCCAAGUGUACCCAGAUCCUGAGACCUUCGACCCCGAGCGAUGGAUCACAGGUGAUGCUGAAUCCAAGACCAAGAAUUGGCUUGUCUUUGGAGCUGGCCCCCAUGAUUGUCUAGCUCGCAAGUAUGUGCCUCUGACUAUGGCCGCCAUGAUUGGCAAGGCAUCUUUAGAACUCGACUGGGUGCACCACGCGACCAGUCAGUCUGAGGAGAUCAGAGUGUUUGCUACUUUGUUUCCAGAGAUUACAUAA